AUGGCACUUGGGUAUGUUGCGUCAGAUAUUGCAAGCGACAAGGCUGGUUCUACAAGCAUGCUGCUGGCCGCAAUAGUGCUAAACAUAAUCACCACAUUUGCCAUCUGGCCGAUUUCAUCGACAUUGACACUACUCCUUCUGUUUGGUGCAUUGAAUGGCUUUGCGAAUGGUGCGUUCUAUAUCACUAUGCCCACGGCUAUUGAUCGAUUCUUGGGACCAGGUCAAGCAGCGGUUGGGAUUGGGAUGUAUGUUACUGGAUGGACUCUGGGUGUCCUUUUGGGUGCUUUGAUUGCUGGGUUUUUGAUUCAGGCUGCAGGGUCUACUCAAGGAAAUGUAUAA